UACAGACAGGGAGGGAUGUUUAAAGUUAAAGAAGGAAGUCAGUCUGCCAGACUCCAUUUUACACUUUGACAGAGCAGGAGGAAAACAGGACGGGAGAAGAUGAGUGAUUUAACAGAUGAGGAAGAGGACAAGUCUCCAUUCUCCAGCUGGCUGUCUCUGAAGAGGGACCGGUCUAAAGAGGAACCUCCAGACUUCAGAGAUGAACCUGGACCGUCAGACACAAAAGGGAAGAGGAAGAGUCGUGUUCCUGUGGAGGAGCAGCUGUCCAGCUGUGCUCUGUGUCAGGACGUCCUGAAGGAUCCAGUCUCUACCAGCUGUGGACACUGGUUCUGCAGACAGUGCAUCACCUCAUACUGGGAGCAGCGACCUCCAUCAAGAGACUCCUGCUGUCCUCAGUGUGGAGAGAGAUCCAGAACCAGAGCUGGCCUGCAGACAGCCAGUCAGAGCAGCUCUGUACGAGCAGAUAGUGGUCUGGAGGAGGUUUUAGAUGAACAUAGGCUCAGUCUGAGGAGGAGAUGUGAACGUGUGACUGAAGGAUGUGAACGUGUGACUGAAGGAACUGAUGAAAGUGAAACCCUCCUCAACAGCAUCUUCACUGAGCUCUACAUCACACAAGACCUGAGUGAAGAGGUUAAUACCCAACAUGAGGUGAGGCAGCUGGAGACAGCUUCCAAGAAGAAGCCCCUCCAUGACACUCCAAUCAAGUGCCAGGACAUCUUUAAAGCCUCACCUGACCAACAGACUCUCAUCAGAGCGGUCCUGACCAACGGAGUCGCUGGAGUUGGAAAAACCUUCUCAGUGCAGAAGUUCACUCUGGACUGGGCCGAGGGUUUGGAAAACCAAGAUGUCAGUCUGGUGAUCCCGCUCUCCUUCAGGGAGCUGAACCUGAUCAAAGGUGAGCAGUACAGUCUUCUCAGGCUGCUCCAUGUUUUCCAUCCAACCUUACAGAAGGUCACAGCAGAGCAGCUGGCUGUCUGUAAAGUGCUGCUCAUCUUUGACGGCCUGGAUGAAAGCAGACUUUCUCUGGACUUCAGAAACAAUGAGGUUGUGUCUGAUGUCUCACAGCAGUCCUCAGUCAACGUGCUGCUGACAAACCUCAUCAGGGGGAAGCUGCUUCCCUCGGCUCUCGUCUGGAUAACUUCCAGACCUGCAGCGGCCAAUCAGAUCCCUCCUGAGUGUGUGGACAGGGUAACAGAAGUACGAGGCUUCACUGACGCCCAGAAGGAGGAGUACUUCAGGAGGAGAUCGAGUGAUGAAGACCUGUCCAGCAGAAUCAUCUCUCACAUCAAGAGCUCCAGGAGCCUCCACAUCAUGUGUCUGAUCCCAGUCUUCUGCUGGAUCACUGCUGCAGUUCUGGACCACAUGUUGACUACAGACCAGAGAGGAGAGCUGCCCCAGACCCUCACUGACAUGUACUCACACUUCCUGCUGGUCCAGACCAAGAGGAAGAAGCAGAAGUAUGAAGAGGGACAUGAGACGAGUCCACAGCAGCUGAAGAAGAAGAAGAAGAAGAACAAGAACAAGAACAAGACAAGUCCACAGCAGCUGACGGAGGCUGACAGGGAGCUUCUUCUGAAGCUGGGGAGGCUGGCGUUUGAACAUCUGGAGAAAGGAGACAUCAUGUUCUACCAAGAAGACCUGGAGCGCUGUGGUCUUGGUGUCACCGAGGCCUUGGUGCACUCAGGAGUUUGUACAGAGAUCUUCAAAAGAGAGAGUGUGAUCUUUGAGAAAACAGUCUACUGCUUUGUUCAUCUGAGCAUUCAGGAGUUUCUGGCUGCAGUCUACUUGUUCCACUGUUACACCAACAGAGACACAGAGGUACUGAAGGACUUCCUGAAGAGAGACUAUAGCAACAGGUAUAACAGUGAUCAUGAUUACCCAUCCCUGGAUGUCUUCCUGAAGGGAGCCAUGGAGAAAUCCCUCAGAAGUGAAAAUGGCCACCUGGACCUGUUUGUCCGCUUUCUCCACGGCCUCUCUCUGGAGUCCAACCAGAGACUCUUAGGAGGCCUGCUGGGUCGCACAGACAACAGACCAUAUAUCAUCCAGAGAUCCAUCAACAACCUGAAGAAGAUGAGCAGUGAUGAAAUCUCUCCUAAGAGGACCAUCAACAUCUUCCACUGUCUGACAGAGAUGAACGACCACUCAGUACAUCAGGAGAUCACAGAGUUCCUGAAGUCAGGGAACAGAUCAAAGGAACUCUCUGUGAUCCACUGCUCUGCUCUGGCCUACAUGCUGCAGAUGUCAGAGGAGGUUCUGGAUGAGUUGGACCUGAGGAAGUACAACACAUCAGAUGAGGGACAACGGAGACUGAUUCCAGCUGUGAGGAACUGCAGGAAGGCUGUACUUUCUGACUGUGGACUCUCAGAGACUGAAUGUGAAGUCGUGGCCUCAGCUCUGAAGUCUGACUCCUCCCAUCUGAGAGAUCUGGACCUGAGUCAGAACUACCUGCAGGAUUCAGGAGUGGAGCUGCUGUGUUCUGGACUAAAGAGUCCAAACUGCAGACUGGAGACUCUCAGACUGAGUAACUGCAGGUUGUCAGAGAUCAGCUGUUCUGCUCUGGCCUCAGCUCUGAAGUCCAACAUCCAUCUGAAAGAUCUGGACCUGAGUCAGAACGAUCUGAAGGAUUCAGGAGUGAAGCUGCUGAGAGAUCUUCUGGAGAGUCCAGACUGCAGACUGGAGACUCUCAGUCUGAGGUGGUGCAGUUUGUCAGAGAUCAGCUGUUCUGCUCUGGCCUCAGCUCUGAAGUCCAACAUCCAUCUGAGAGAUCUGGACCUGAGUUGCAACGAUCUGCAGGAUUCAGGAGUGAAGCUGCUGAGAGAUCUUCUGGAGAGUCCAGACUGCAGACUGGAGACUCUCAGACUGUGGGGCUGCAGGUUGUCAGAGAUCAGCUGUUCUGCUCUGGCCUCAGCUCUGAAGUCCAACAUCCAUCUGAGAAAUCUGGACCUGAGUUACAACGAUCUGCAGGAUUCAGGAGAGAAGCUGCUGAGAGAUCUUCUGGAGAGUCCAGACUGCAGACUGGAGACCUUUCUAAUGACUGGUGACUCCGAUGUGAAACAGGAAGUGAAGACAGACAGAGAGCCUCCUGAAUCCUUCUCACCUGAACACACAACUGAGUCUUCAUACAGGUUCAGGUGUCCUGGUCCAGGUGAGUUCCAGUGUGCUUCGACUGGCCUGGUGUUCGUCAUGGCUCAGGAGGCAGAGCUUCUGUACAGGACGGUCCCUUGGGAGGAGAGCCUCCUCCAAUCAGCUGACAAGCAGGCAGCAGGGCCGCUGUUCAACGUGAAGAGUUCUGUUGAAGCUGCCGUCGUCCAGCUCCACCUGCCACACAGUGAGACAGAGGAUGCGCUGCUCCUGGACGGCCUGUUGUCUGUCGUCCACAUCACUGAUGAAGGCCUGAGCAUCUUGGAGCCGCUGGAGGUCACACACACUCACGUGGUGGUGAAGGUGCCUCACCUCUCUCUCUUUGGCCUUACCAUCGAUACAUUGAAAAGGCUUUUAAAGAAGCGGAUAAUGGGUCAAAUUCUGCUGUUCCUUCGACCCCUGGUCAGAGAGGAGCAAAUACUGGAUGUACAUCUGCUGCAGAACAACGUCUCUGAGGAGGAGGUUGCUGUCAAACAAGGAAGUGCUGUGAACAUCCCAAUCUCCUCCCACUGUGAGCUGGUUAUUGAUCACAGUUACAGUUUGCACUGUGAACCUGAGGGCUUCUUCAUUCAGCCUGAGAGUAAAACAUUUGAAUCCAGGUUUGGACCAAACUACCAUCCGACAUUUCAAGUUUCUCUGACGAAGAGCACAGAGAGAGUGGAUUUGAAGGUCAAGGACCAAGAUGGAAACGUAGUCUGGUCUUACCAGGUGCCACUGGAAGGUCCAAGGCAUGCAUUGUCCCAGAGAAAUGUCCCAGCAGAGAGCAGAGUCCCAGCAGAGAGCAGCGUCCCAGCAGAGAGCAGAGUCCCAGUUCAGGUGUCCUGGUCCAGGUGA